AUGCAGCAAAAAUCUUCGUUGCUUUUUCUUCUCGCCACUGCCGCCGCUGCAGACGCUCACUCAAUUGGCAUCCGAGCUUCCGAAUGCAAAGACGUCCACGUCUUCCUCGCAAAGGGAAACAAUGAGCCCUACCCAGGUCGACAAGGCAAAUUGGCCGAAGCCAUUUGCGAUGGAUACAAGAGCUGCGAUUACGAGGAUAUUCUCUUCAACAACCCCCUAGAAGCCCCCUUCUGCGACUCGGUUACCGAGGGUGUCGUCAACGGCAAGAAGCAGAUCACCGCCUACAACAAGAGAUGUCCAAAGUCCAAACUGGUCGUCAGCGGAUACUCUCAGGGCGGGCAGGUUGUAGGCGACAUUCUCGGUGGUGGAGGAGGUGUUUUCUUCGAGGAUUGUGUCGAGGACAAGAUUGCGGGCUUGAGCUCCAAGUCAGAACCUGGUAGCAGCAUCGUCGCAGCUAUGAUAUUCGGCGAUACUCGACACACAGCGGGACAACCGUACAAUGUCCUCACAGGCGCCGACAGUAACGGUCUCUUUCCCCGCCCCGCCGAUCAGCUUGCCAACUUGGCGAGCUACGGUGAUGUCUUGCAGGCGUAUUGCGUCAAGACAGAUCCUAUUUGCGCACAGGGCAAGGACGUAAAGACACAUCUCAACUACUUCGACGUUUUCACGGACGAAGUUGCCGAUUGGGUCAAGGAACGCGUCAAGAAGGCUGGUGGUGCUGCUGAGGGAACCGCUGAGUCUAGCUCAACAGCCGUGGCUAGCACCACCAAGGCCAAGGUUUCCACGACACAAGAGACAACGAUCACAACAACAAUGGCAUCCGAGACUGAGGCGACAACGAUGGUUGUUUCCAAGACCAUCGUGUCGGAAGCUGAGGAUACUGCUUCCACUGCCACAGGUCUACCCAGCGAAGUGGUGACGUCGUUGGUCGAAGCUGCAUCCUCAGCUGGCCAAGCGGCAGCAGCAGGGGCGUCGUCCACAUCAACGGACAACGCCGCCGCUCCAACAGGAGCUCCCGUCGUGGGAAUAAUGAUUGGCGUCGCCGCUCUUUUGGCGAUCUAG